GUAACAGCAAAUGAGAAAGCAGCAGUAUUCGGUACACAGGGUGUAUUAUUUACAAUGUCACAUCUCAGUGAAGCAUAUUUGGUAUCAUCAACAAUUAUUAAAGGCGCUUUAUCCGUUUCUCUUGGACGUUUGCAAUUUCCAAGUUUGGAUUAUGAUUUCACUGUACGCAUGUUUUUCACUGAAUCACAAAAUGGUGAUCAGUUCACAAAAUUGUGUAACGAAAUUGUACAGGAAGCGCGUUAUGGGAAACGUGAUGAUGGUACUUUAACGCUUACAAUUAACGGAGUUUACAUAAAGCAAGAUGAACGUGGUGACGUUGAGGUGAAUUGUCGUCCAAAACAUAUCAGUUGCUCGCCAACUGACAAUAUUGUACAUGUGCGUACAAAUAUGAUUGAUAUGGCUGUUCAGGAAAAUGAUAAGGCAUUUGUGAAGAAAGGACUGAAACGUGUUCAUGUAAGUCGAAGUGGAAUGGUUGUGUCCGAUGGUAAUUGCAUAACAUCAAUGGAUCACUUCGGACAUAUCAUCUCAUCAGCAUGA